GUCGCCGCUAGUCGUUAAUGUUGGAAGUCUUUCGUAAUAAGCCAGAACCGAAAAAAAUAUUUAUUCCAAGUUAAAUGGCUCUUAAUUGAUUGAAGGCAUUUUUUUCGAAAUAGAAGUGAUCAGAAGGUGUUUUUUUUUUUUGCCUGAGAAAAGAUUUAAUGGUUCGACACUGAAAAAAAUCGUAUUGAAGAAACGAGAACAUAACUCAAAACGUUUAAGACCGCUCCAUACAAUCCUUCACUAUGCCUUCAGCGACUUCAACUCGAACCCGCAAUGAACAAAGUCUUUGUGGUUUGGCAAAAUGGCAUCCCGCCUGGAUGCAGAAAUAUGCUACGCCCAAAAUGUUUAUGGCUGUUUAUGGUCUGAUGGGUACCAUACAGGCCAUGUCCUAUAUGUAUUUCGUGGUAACGCUGACGACAAUCGAGAAACGAUUUAAAAUACCCAGUCAGACAACAGGCAUCAUACUCAGCGGCAAUGAGAUAUCUCAAAUAUUAUUAUCUCUGAUACUCUCGUACAUUGGUGGCCAGAGGAAUCGACCGCGUUGGAUUGCCUAUGGCAUUGUAUUCUGUGGCAUAUCCUGUUAUAUUUUGGCAUUGCCACAUUUCAUUUACGGAGCGGGCCAAGAUAUUCUGCAGUUCACCAAGGAGUACUAUGAUGUGGAGGGUGAUAAUGUUACAAGUACCAUGUCAUUGGUUAAUGCCACCAUAAAAAAUUCUCAACAAUUGUGUGGGGUUUUGAAAACCUCUCAAGAAUGUGAAUCGUUGUUAUCCAUCCUACCCUUAGUCUUGAUUUUCCUCUCCCAAUUUGUACUGGGUAUUGGUAAUACCCUCUACUAUUCAUUGGGUCAAUCGUAUUUGGAUGACAACACGAAGAAGACAAAUACCCCACUAAUGCUGUCGGUGGCUUUUUCACUGCGUUUGGUUGGACCCAUUGUGGGUUUCUUUUUGGGUUAUGUUUCGUUGAACAUGUUCAUUGACCCAUCGAAAACUCCUCUAAUUGACAACAAGGAUCCCCGCUGGUUGGGAGCCUGGUGGUUUGGUUGGAUGAUAUUGGGCACCCUUAUGAUUGUAUUUUCCGGUUUGAUAGGUCUUUUCCCCAAAGAGCUUCCAAAGAAAACUCCAGUGCUGCGUAACUCUCAUGUCCCGCAUGUCUUGAGACACGAAGAAUUGAAAAUGGAUGAAUGUUUGCCACUGGGCAGAAGUUUUUCAUCGAAUGCCACGCUGGAUGCACCAGUUGUGGAUAAACCAGAUUUUCCACAGCUUAAAGACUUCCCACGUGCCCUCAUGCGAUUGCUGCGCAACAAGUUGCUGAUCUUCAACAUCACCUCGGGUAUCUUCUAUAUUUUGGGUGCCUCAGCGAUUAUGACAUUUUUGACCAAAUACAUGGAAGUACAAUUCCAUAGAAGUUCCCAAAGUGCCACAAUUGUUGUGGGUCCCAUCUCGAUUCUUGGUAUGGUUGUGGGUUUGGUGGGAUCCGGUUUAAUAUUAACCAAAAAGAAACCGGCACCCAGUAAGGUGCUAAUGUGGAAUGUCAUUGUGGGAUUUGUUUUCAUAUUGGGACAAAUUGGUUAUAUGUUUCUGUAUUGCAGUGAUUCGGUGGUAUUGGAUCAGAAUGGAAAGUUGAACUUGUCUUCCUCGUGUAAUGCAAAUUGCGGCUGUGAAAAUGUUCCCUAUUCUCCCAUUUGUCACGAGGAAACGGAAACCACAUUUUUCUCACCCUGUCAUGCUGGCUGUCAAGCAUGGAAUUCGGAUCUCAAGUACUACUCAAACUGUUCCUGUAUAUCCUAUGGAGGCUAUAAUGCCACGACGACAACAUCUGCAUGGCCAACUACCAUCCCAACAACAACGUCAACUCCUUUUAUGAAGUCCUCAACAAUUAAUUCCGAUUUGCUACAACCUCUCAUAACCAAUUCCAUGCCCACAACAACAAUGCGAUCAGCAAGUGCAAGAACACUUCCAGUAGAUACAACAAUAUAUUUUGAUGAUACCACCUUCGAUGAUUUUAGCACAGCAACCUCUACAAUAACAACAACAACGGUUUCAGACAACCUUGCAAGUCGAGCCCGUCGUUCCUUGGAGAGUUUGAAAGAGAACAUUUUAAAACCUGGCGUCUGUUUGAAGGGCUGCACCAAAGCCUUUUGGACAUUUACAAUUGUUUCAAUGAUUUUGAAUUGGUUCGGAUCCUCGGGCCGUAUUGGCAACAUUUUGGUUAACUAUCGUGCCGUCUCCACCGAAGAUAAGUCAUUUGCCCAAGGCCUAAUGCUAAUGAUGAUCAGUCUGUUCGGUCUGAUACCGGGGCCCAUUAUAUUUGGACGUAUCAUCGAUUCGACAUGUUUGAAAUGGACUCGAACAUGUACGGGCAAUGGCAAUUGUCAGCUAUACGAUCAGGAUGCGUUCCGUGUCAAUAUCAAUGCCGUGGCGUGUUGUUUCACAGCAAUUGGUGUAUUCUUUGAUGUGCUCGUUUGGUAUCAUGGCCGCCACUUAGAUCUAUAUGGCGAACGCGAAGCUGAACGUUCAGAAGAACUUGAACGUAAAAAUAGACCCAUCACACCCCUAUUGUCCAGAAAAUAAUGUUUGUAAAUAGAAUGCAAUGCCAUGCAUUUGUUGCAGUUUUAUUUAUUUAUUUUUUUUU